CUCAGUCUCUCUCCUCUGACUCUUUCCUCCCUUCCUGCCCAUGCCUCCGCAACCCACCUUCCCCCGUCAGAAGAAGACAAAGACGGUCGAAAGAAGCCGGGGGGGAAGGGGGGUCGAGGCAACAACAACAACAACAACGAGAACAACAACAACAACAACAACAACAGGAAGAGGAAGAAGGGGAAGACAACGGGGAGGGGCCUGGGGGUGGUCCCCGAGGAGUCCCCCACGGGACCGCCCACCUCGGCCCCAGCCAUGCGAGCCAAGUGGCGGCCCCUGGUGGCCGUGCUGGAGGGCGAGAAGUUGGUGCUCAAGUGCGAGGCAUCGGGAAGCGCUGAGUACGCCUGGCUCCUGAAUGGGGUGCGCCUGAAGAAGGGGAAGGGAGUGCGGAUCACCACCAAGAAGGGGAUUUCCCGACUCACGAUCUCCCGUGUCGGCAGCCUGCACUCGGGACCGCUGUCCUGCCAAGCAUCCAACAGCCUGGGAAUCACCGCCAUCACCACCACCGUCAGCGUGACGAGUAAGCCAUGACGCCCACUCUUAACCCCCAACAUCACCACCACCACCACGUGACUCGCCUGCCAAUCGCAGGUUCACGCUGCCGCGACGGGAGAUAGAAGGCCGAGCGCCCAGUGUGCGUUCGUGCGGCGGGGGGGGGGUUGGGAGCGGUGGUGCCGCUACGAACCCGACCGUGACACCCGGUUCAGUUCCCGCUCACGAACGCCGCCGCCGCCGCCAGCGAUGAUCUGAGACGGUCCUGGGCCUCCCUGCGAGGUCGACUCAGCCUCAAAUGAGUCAGCUGGGGCUGCGGUGUGCAGCGAGCAUCGCCACUGGGGAGACAAAGGCGGCCGGGCGUGGUGGUUUUGCUGG